CCUUCUGCGCCGUCCCAGGACGCACCUUCCGCCGCUCCCCCCGCCCCGGGCGCUCCCCGGCCGGGCUUCCCCCUGCGUCCCGGCCCCGGGGCCCACCCGCGGAGCCCGCGCAGGUGCCCAGAGACUUCCGGGGAGCGGGAAGAGAGGCCGGGGCGGGCCGCGCGGGGAGCUCACUCCCAGGCCGGCGGGUCUCGGGGAGGGGCCACGCGGCUGUCGCUCCUCCCGGGGCAGGUGGCAGGCGGCGUUCGCAGACGCUCUCCCUCCGGCGGAGCGCUCCGCAGUCAUGUGGGGGACCUGGGUCGUCCCGUGUCUGGUAUUUACCUCCAUUGCUGGACCAUGGCCUAAAGCUGUCAGUGCUCAAGCAACUGCUGUCAACUCCAAGGCAUUGAGAUUUCGUAAGAACAUUACCAUAAGGGAGACCUGGUGCUGGGAAGAUCAGCAUGGUGAGAAGAGAGUCUGCUGUCAGCCAUGUCCUGCCGGCACACGGAAGGAGGGUGACUGCAAAUCUGUGGGGGGCGAGUCAAAAUGUGUGCCCUGCCAGGACGGGGAGGAGUACAUGGAAGAGAAGCAUUUUUUGGAUAAAUGCAGAAGAUGUCGAAUUUGUGAUGGAGAGCAUGGGCUGGAAGUGGAGAGAAACUGUACCCGGAGCCAGAACACCAAGUGCAGAUGUAAACCAAACUUUUUUUGUAACAUCUCUGGAUGCGAACAUUGUACCCCAUGCACUACGUGUGAACAUGGAGUCCUUGAGAAUUGCACACCAACCAGCAACACCAAAUGUAAAGAAGGAGCCAGCUCCAGCUUUCUGUGGUUUUGUGUCCUAAUCCCGAUUCUAAUCGUUGCGCUAAUAUGUUGGUGGUGGUUGAGAAGGCACCGGAAUAAAAAGACUGAAGACCCGGAAUCCAAACCCUCAACUACUGAAAUGAUGCCAAUAAAUUGCGCAGACGUUGACCUGAAUACAUAUAUAAGUAUUAUUGCUGAACAAAUGAGAAUAACUGAAGUCAGAGAAUUUGUUCGGAAGAAUGGGAUCAACGAAGCCAAGAUAGAUGAGAUUAAGAAUGAUCACCUCCAAGACACAGCAGAACAAAAAGUCCAACUGCUGCGUCAUUGGUACCAACUCCACGGGAGGAAAGAUGCUUAUUACAGUUUACUUAGAGGCCUCAGAAAAGCCCAUCUUUGUGAACUAGCAGAGAGAAUUCAAGAAAUGAUCCAGGAGGAUAGUACUAGCUAACUUGAAAAUGGAAACUUCAAACUAUGAAAAGAAAAGAUAAACCUUGGCCAAAAGCAAAAAGAAUGUAGUAUAACUCAGCCCUGAGCAGAUACAAGUCGAUAGAAAGAAAAAUUAGCCAUUCUGAUUGGUGUGAGGUGAUAUCUCAUUGUGGUUUUGAUUUGUAUUUCCCUGAUGCCGAGUGAUAUGGAGCACUUUUUCAUGUGGACAUUGGGGAGGGUAUGUGCUUUGGUGAGUGCUGUGAAGUGUGUAAACCUGGUAAUUCACAGACCUGUACCCCUGGGGAUAAAAAUAUAUGUUUAUAAAAAAUAAAAAAUUAAAAAAAAAAGAAAGAAAGAAAAAUUAGGGUUUUAGCAGCUGUGGACUGUGAACAUUGCUUGGCUUUUUAUAGCGUGUGUGUUUCAUUUGUUAGAUUUGUAGAGCUAGUAUGUUAGCAGGUUCUGAGGGUCUCAGGAUUCUGACCUCAAGGAUGUUGGGAAGACAGAAAUGGUUCAAAGUAAAUUCAGUGUCACAUGAAGUGUACAAGUUGUGUGCAAAGGACAGAAGAUGAGGAACACACUCUAGUAUCUAAGGGAAGGGUGUGGGUAUGACCGGCAUCGGUGUGUGUGAGUACAAAUGUCUGCCGGCAGAUUGACUCCAUUCCACGAAUCAACAGGAGCUGUGACUUUUGGUUGCCAUGUCUCAAUCAUUGGAAAGCCCACUUGGUUUCUGCAUUAGCUCUCCGGCUCCACGACCGACUCUAGAGGCGGUACUACUUUCGUGAAUUUUGCAACUCCAGAGGAGAGAAUCUGAGACAAGUUUGCAUGCACCUCUGAAUAAAGAAUUUGAUAAGGGUCUA